AUGACUUCGUCAAUUGAAACUCUUCCACCAGAAUUAUUUCGAUUUAUUCUUGCUUAUCUUUCUCCAGAAGAUACAUCUGCUUUGGCACAGACAUGCCAUCGAAUGAAUAUAAUUACACGUGAUGAUAAAAUAUGGCAGCAAUAUUUUUUACAAAGGUAUAUAUUUUCAACUAAUUCAAUCCAGUAUUCUGAUGAAGAAUAUUUACCCAGCUCUGCUCUCAAAUUUACCGAGCCUCCUGAUAAUUGUACAUGGCAAGAAUAUUUUAUACAAAGAUCACUUCAAGAUAAACAUAUUCGAUCUCUUCUAAAUGAAAUUAUAUCCAUUCGAAUAAAGCGAAUUCAUAAUGCUGAACUUAUCUCAUCAACAUACGGUUUUUUGGCUUUUGACGUUCUCAGACAUUAUUUUUCGCCAUCUAUUGAUACAUCAAAACAAUUAAACACUUCAAUAACUCUUAAUUUACGUAAUCUUACUCGUGAAUACUAUUCAUUAGACAUAGCUCGACUUAUUUCUCGAAAUAUUGGAUUAAGUCUACUAAAUGAUUUGAAAAAUCGAACAGAAACUCGUACAGAAGGAAAAGCAUUAAUUAAUGCUUUAUUUAUUAUUCAAUGUUUUCAUCCAUAUGGUAUAUUUCUUUCAUUAAAUCGUCUUCAUUUAAUUGGAGAACGUCUUAUUAAUGAUCCUAUAUUUUCAACACUAAAUGUAAAUGAAAAAUGUGAAUCAAUAAUAAAAACAAUGAAAAUAGAAAAAUUUCUUGCUGCAAAUGGUGGUGAUGAAUAUUAUGAUUUAGAAAAUUCAUUUCUUUUUUCAACAUUUAAUGGUAAACCAACUAUUCCAUUAACACUUGUUGCAAUCUUUUGUGCAUUAGCUGAUGAAUGUGGUUUAAUAGCUCAACCUAUUGGUUUUCCUGGUGAAGUUAUGAUACAAGUAGAACAAUCAUUAAAUAAUUCAAUACCAUUAAUAAUUAGUAUUUUUGAUGGUAAAAUUAUAACUCUUAAUGAAAUAAAUGUACGUCUAGCUGAUGUUCUCGAUAGACCUUUAACAUAUCCAUUAUUUAUUACUCCAAUCAUUGAAUUAGUUAUUCGAUCAGCUCGAAAUAUAAUAAAUAGUAUUAGUAGAUAUACUACAUCAUCACUUAAUUCCUAUGGUCUCUAUGCUGCUGUAUCAAUUCUUAAAAUUUUAGGUGAUGGUGCAUUACCAUUUGCUUUUCAUUCUAUGAUAAAUGUGAUAAAAGAACAUUUUCCUAUGGAUAUUCGAUUUUUAGAAAUGCUUUCAUCUCCAUUGACAACACUUAAUGAUGAUCUUGAUCAAAUACGAAAUCAAGAUUUAAAUCCAUUACCAAUUGAAGAAAAAAGACGAAUAAAUUCUUCUCCAAAAUUUUAUGCUGGACAAAUAUUUCAACAUAAACAAUAUAAUUAUUGGGGUGUGAUUUGUGGAUGGGAUUUAAUUUGUAUGGCUUCAACAUUAUGGCAAGUUCGUAUGGGAAUUACAAAUUUAUUACGAGGUGCAUCACAACCUUUUUAUCAUAUUUUGGCAAAUGAUUCUUCAAGAAGAUAUGUAGCUGAAGAUAAUAUUAAUACAGAUGCAUUUAAUCUUAUUGACGAUCAACAAGAAAAAUAUUCUAUUGUACAAAAUUUAUGUUCAAUAGAUGAUAUUGGAAAAUAUUUUGAAAGAGUGGAUGUUAUAAAUGCAAGAUUUAUUCCGAAUAAUGAACUACGUAAUGAAUAUCCAGAUGAUUUUGUUUAA